AUACUGCCCAUUCCUCACACGCUUCCCAACGCGAUUGCUCCGACCAAGUCUUGGACCCAUACAACUAUCUUCUAAAUCCGCCGGCCACCGCCGCUCCGUUUCUUGAUUUAAUGGCCCAGUUCGUUCCAUUCAAUUUUUAAUUGUUGCAGAGUUAAAUUCAUUGGAACCUUGAUAGAAUCUUGAAAGAUGGAGUCUUUGGUGGAGGCAACAUCAGGUGCAGUGGGUUCCCUGCUCAGCACCUCCAUUCUCUACCCACUUGAUACUUGCAAGACUAAGUUUCAAGCUGAGAACAAAGCCCAUCAACACCAAAAAUAUAGGAACAUCUCAGAUGUCCUUUGGGAGGCAAUAUCGACACGUCAAGUUCUCUCGUUGUUCCAAGGUUUGGGAACAAAGAAUUUUCAUUCCUUCAUUUCGUCGUUCCUCUAUUUCUAUGGAUACAGCUUCUUGAAGAGGCUUUAUUUGAAGAAAAGUGGGUUAAAAUAUAUUGGGACCAAAGCCAACUUAGCCAUAGCAGCAGCUGCUGGUGCUUGCACAGUCGUAGUGACACAGCCUCUGGACACAGUUUCCUCGAAGAUGCAAACGAGUGAGUUUGGAGAAUCUAAAGGAUUAUGGCAGUCCCUCUCGGAGAGUACGUGGGGCGAGUCAUUUGAUGGCCUAGGCAUCUCUAUUCUUCUCACCUCAAAUCCUUCCAUUCAGUACACAGCCUUUGAUCAGUUAAAGAAUAGAAUGUUGAAGGAGAAGAUGAGGAAAAGGGAAAGCGGUGCAGCAGCAUCACCGUCUCCAGAAGCCCUCUCUGCACUCACCGCCUUCCUGUUGGGGGCUGUCUCAAAAUGCAUCGCCACCUGCAUAACGUACCCUGCUAUAAGGUGCAAAGUAGUGAUCCAGUCGGCCGAGUCUGAUGAGGACGGCAGAUCUCAACUGAAAACGCAUAAAACUGUGUCUGGUGCACUGCAUUCGAUAUGGGAAAAGGAAGGGAUACUUGGGUUCUAUAAAGGUCUGCAGGCACAAAUCCUGAAGACGGUCCUGAGCUCAGCGCUGCUUCUGAUGAUAAAAGAGAAGAUCACGAAAUCAACGUGGAUCACAAUGCUUGCACUGAGAAGGUUCAUCCUCGUGACAAGAAGCCGGUUGAAGAGCUCGUGAAACGUCUUAACACAAGCCCGGUUGUGCAAUGUAUGGCGCAGAAGCAUGUCGAUUCAGCAAUGUAUUUAAGGUUAGAGUUUAUAGUAGCAUUAAAUUGACAAAUUUAUCCUCUUCAAAUAGAGGUCUUUUCAUCAAUGUUGUAGUAUGAGAUUGAUUUGAAUUAUUAUUGCUGUUUAUUGCCCUC